CAGAGCUUCAAGACAGAACAUUGAGUUAUUUUUUUUAAGGUUCCUGCUUCAACAGUGAUUGAACGGAACUGACCAUGAAUUCCCAGAUCCGACAGAACUUCCACCAGGAGUGCGAGGCUGCCAUUAAUCGUCAGGUUAACAUGGAGCUGUAUGCCUCGUAUGUGUACUUGUCCAUGUCCUAUUACUUUGAUCGUGAUGACGUGGCACUGAAAAACUUUGCAAAAUACUUCCUACACCAGUCCCACGAAGAACGUGAGCAUGCAGAGAAACUGAUGAAAAUGCAGAACCAGCGUGGGGGGCGGCUAUUCCUGCAGGACAUAAAGAAACCAGAACGUGAUGAGUGGGCAAAUGGGCUGGAAGCCUUGGAGUGUUCUCUUCAGUUGGAGAAGAAUGUUAAUCAGUCUCUUCUGGAGCUACACAAGCUUUCGACUGAUCACAAUGAUCCCCAUUUGUGCGACUUUCUGGAGAGCCAUUACCUUGACGAACAAGUGAAGUCUAUGAAGGAGCUUGGAGAUCAUAUUACCAACCUGCGCCGGAUGGGUGCUCCCAGUAAUGGAUUGGCUGAAUACCUGUUUGACAAACACACCUUAGGGGAGGACCAUGAGUGAUCUCUCUCCUUUUUCUGCUUUCUUUAUGUUCCAGCGUCCCCCUGUAGUUUAACAUAUAUCUAGUUAUUUGGUUUCGCUGCUCUUUUUUUUGACAUCAAUAAACUGAAUUUAAAAAUAA